UUUCGGGAUCCGCCAUCAGCGGGUGGAGCCGAGCCAAGAUGCAGAUCUUCGUGAAGACGUUGACGGGGAAGACGAUCACCCUCGAGGUCGAGCCUUCCGAUACUAUCGAAAACGUCAAGGCCAAAAUCCAGGAUAAGGAAGGAAUUCCUCCCGAUCAACAGCGAUUGAUUUUUGCCGGCAAGCAACUGGAAGAUGGAAGAACUCUGUCUGACUACAACAUCCAGAAGGAGUCUACUCUUCAUCUUGUGCUGAGACUUCGGGGUGGGGCGAAGAAAAGGAAGAAGAAGUCUUACACCACCCCCAAGAAGAACAAGCAUAAGAGAAAGAAGGUUAAGCUUGCUGUGCUCAAGUACUAUAAGGUUGACGAGAAUGGAAAAAUCAGCCGCUUGCGUCGGGAGUGUCCAUCCGACGAGUGCGGAGCCGGCGUUUUCAUGGCCAGCCACUUCGACCGGCAUUACUGCGGCAAGUGCUGCCUGACCUACUGCUUCAACAAACCUGAAGACAAGUAGAUGCGUAGGUGUUAAUAAAAAAAAAAAACGCCACCACCUCCAGA